UGAAAUUGCGUGGGGGGUUAGAACAGGGCGGCGGGGAAAGUCAAGUUUGAGGAAAGUUUUCAGAGUUAUGCCGUGUGCCGUUGAGUUCACCACAGUUAAGGGACGUUACGGUGAGAUAAAGAACGCCAUUGUGUGCUCCUGAAACAACUAAUACUGAGGUGCAAUGUUGAGAACUAGCAUCAUGUCGAGGCGCCGCUUAGUCACACUCGCCGCCACUGGAGCCGCUGUCAUCGGCACUCUAGCCUCGCUUAGGGCCAACGAAUACGAUGUAGGAGCGAUCGGCGUCGUUCGACUUACGCGAGCUGCACUUACCGUUUUUCAAAUUGGAACACAUUACAAAACAAAGCUCUAUUCGGCUAAACUUGACAAAGAGUCUCCUGAGUAUGCAAAGCUGAAAUCUGAAGUGCAUUUAUACGGUGCUCAAAAACUGCUGGAUCUCUGUUGCGCUAACAAGGGUGUCUACAUUAAGGUGGGGCAGCACAUUGGAGCAUUGGACUAUCUGCUGCCUGCUGAAUACGUAAAAACUCUGAGAAUAUUGCACAGCUCAGCUCCCCAGUCUUCCUUUCCUGAUAUCCUGACUGUGAUAAAAGAGGAUUUCAAAAAGGAUGCUUAUGAAAUAUUUAAAUCGAUUGAAUCCGUUCCCUUGGGUACGGCCAGUCUUGCCCAAGUUCACAAAGCCGUGCUUCUUGAUGGAAGAUCAGUUGCGGUGAAGGUGCAGCACAGGGCUGUAAAGUCCAACUCUUAUGUCGACAUCAAGACAAUGGCAGCUCUCGUGAAGAUCACAUCGUGGGUCUUUCCAGAAUUUAAGUUUGACUGGAUAGUGGACGAAUCAAAGAAAAAUAUACCUCAGGAGCUAGACUUCACCCUUGAGGGAAGAAAUGCAGAGAAGGUCAAGAGUCUCUUCAAGGAUUUCCAUUGGCUUAAGGUUCCAAGCAUAUUCUGGGAGUUCUCGUCAUCUAGAGUUCUAACAAUGGAAUUUCUCGAAGGUGGGUACGUUAACGAUGUCGACUACCUGAGAGCGCAUAACGUGAACCCGUACGAAGUUAGCGGUAAACUCGGGCGGCUCUAUAGUCGCAUGAUAUUUGUUGACGGUUUCGUCCACUCCGAUCCUCACCCCGGAAAUAUCUUGAUAAGGAAAAGGGAUCACGAGGCGGAAAUUGUGCUGCUGGAUCAUGGUUUAUAUGCGACACUUUCUGAUCAAUUCCGAUGGGAGUAUGCCAAGCUGUGGCUCGCAAUAUUGAAUGGUGACAGAAUACAGAUGCGAAAAUACGCAGAGACUCUUGGCGUCGGCGAUCUAUACGGACUCCUUGUUUGUAUGGUAUCUGGGCGAAGUUGGGAUACGAUAAUGGCGGGUAUUCAAAAGACCAAGUUCACCGAUAGUGAGAGAGACGCUUUUCAGGAGGAACUUCCCAACGUUCUGCCCCAAAUUAGCGAAGUGCUCGAACGAGUUAAUAGGCAAAUGCUUCUCGUUUUAAAAACCAAUGAUUUGAUGCGGGGCAUAGAACACACUCUCAAAACUCAGGCCAGAAUGUCUGCAUUCAUAGAAAUGUCGAAAUGCUGUGUGCAUUCAGUAUAUGACGAGAAGCAAAAGUCGUGUAAAACCUCACUGUCGAGGUGGCUGGUUUCGUUGGAGAGACAGUGGUCGUUAGUUAGAUUAUCGGUCUAUUACGUGUACCUCGGCGUCAUUAAUUUCGAUCUUCAUAAAAGCGUCGAGGGUUUAUGGACAAAUGAAUUUUACAGCUUCUGAAAAAAAAUAAAUUAUUAGCAUAAAUUAUGUCACCGGCUUUAUACACUGCCAAGAUCGGCGCCCUCAUACGCAGUGUGUACUUUUCCGCACAUAGAAUGUUUUUCUCCGUCUCCGAGAUGACAAAGAAUUCUUGUGUACAUUUGGGACGGCCGAGCGCGGCCACCACAGAGUACAAACUUCGUUAAUUUAUUUGAAUAGUUAAUCAUUAAAGGAAGAGAUGGGUGGUACAGCCGUAAUAUUUUCAUUAAAAAUAUGAACACAAAAUAAACAACUGCCGCGAAAAUAUCGUGAUAAAACUCUGUAAUAUAUAUAUUGUUAUAAUAAUUGAAACAAAUUAUACAACAACCUUAAUCCUC